AUGGAUCUCUUAUUCAUUCUCGGCUUAGCGCUCGUCAAUGGCAUGACAAGGUUUCUGAGAUUGGUCAUACAGCCACAAAGGUGGUACGGGUCUCUGGGCUUCAUACUUGGUAUAGCGCUGGUGCUAUCCGGCUAUUGUAUAAUUGGAAUGGCAGUUGAAAUCGCUGGAUUCACAUUCUUAUUCUGGGACUUCAUACCUACGGCGGUAGGCUACUUGCAGCGCACGCCCUUGUUGGGUUAUCUGAUGGAACUGUCAGGGAUCAAUCAGGUAUUAGAGCGAAUAACGCCAGCGCGACGCCGAAAACUCUCAGAAGGCUGAACUCGUCGAAUUUGCACGCUGAACCUUUUUUCAGUAGUGAUCGUUUACAAAUAUUCGAUCAACUACAAUUUAGUAGCAAUUGAAUAGUACAGCGGACAUAAAGGCGCGACAUAAUAUGUUCAAAUACACCCGCAUGGUCAGCGUCCUGGUGCUUCACCUUUGGAUUCCGUAUGCGAAAUAGUGCAGUGCAUAGUCACAAGCGAACGAGUUGCGUGGUAGUAGAUGAUUCUGACAAGUCGGAGACUGUUGAUUUGAUGUUGACUUAGCUCCAACAGACUGCUACUGAAUAAAAAACAUAC